AUGUCCACCUCACAACUAUCCACCAAGAACAUACUGCCUAUUGGUGAAUCAUCUUUAAAAAAAGAAAAUUCAAAAAUUCUACGAACGCCCAAUGCUCAAAACCCGUCAACAAGACCGAGUCGGCGGCCCAGCCCAAAAAGGCCAUUUCCUGAUGAUACUUUCCCCAUUCCUCCCAAGAUCCUCGCGCUCGUCUUCGCGUCGCUCUCGCCCGCGGACCGCAGCGCCCGCUCCCUCGCCUGCGCGCGCUGGAAGGAGGUCGACGCCGCCACGCGCCACCGCCUCUCCCUCGACGCGCGGGCCGGGCUGGGCCGCGCCGCGCCCGCGCUCUUCGCGAGGUUCGCGGCCGUCACCAAGGUCGCGCUCCGCAGCGCGCGGGGCUCCGGCGCCGACAGCCUCGCCGACGACGGUGCCGCGGCGGUGGCGGCCGCGCUGCCCUCGGACCGCCUCGCCAGGCUCAAGCUCCGCGGCCUGCGGAAGCUUUCUGACACCGGGCUGUCCUCGCUCGCCGCCGCUGCACCGGCGCUCCGCAAGCUCUCUGUUGCUUCCUGCACCUUCGGGCCUAAGGCCUUCGUCGCCGUGCUUCAGGCCUGCCCACUCCUUGAGGACCUCUCUGUCAAGCGCCUCCGCGGCCUACCAGACGCGGCCGGUGCCGCUACUUCCAUUAUUGAGGAGCUCAAAUUUCCACAGGCGUUAUCUCUCCGUUCGGUUUGCCUGAAGGAUCUAUACAGCGCCCUGUGCUUUGUGCCGCUUGUGGCAUCCUCGCCAAACCUCCGCACGCUCAAGAUACUGCGGUGCUCCGGCGCCUGGGACCUGCCAUUGGAGGUCAUCACUGUGCGUGCUCCUGGUCUUGUUGAGCUUCACCUUGAGAAGCUCCAGGUGGGUGACCGUGGCCUAGCUGCGCUCUCGGCCUGCAGAAAUCUGGAGGUGCUGUUCCUUGUCAAGACCCCUGAGUGCACUGACUCGGGCAUCAUCAGUGUUGCUGAAAAGUGCCACAAACUCCGCAAGCUGCAUAUUGAUGGAUGGCGCACAAACCGAAUUGGGGAUUUCGGACUCAUGGCUGUGGCACGAGGAUGUCCGGACCUGCAGGAGCUUGUCUUGAUUGGGGUCAACCCCACUGUGUUGAGCCUCAGGAUGCUUGGUGAGCACUGUCGUGCAUUGGAGCGGCUUGCGCUUUGUGGGUGUGAAACUGUAGGGGAUGCGGAGAUCAUUUGCCUGGCUGAGCGAUGUGCUGCGCUCAAGAAGCUCUGCAUCAAGGGAUGCCCGGUGUCAGAUCGUGGGAUGGAAGCACUGAAUGGGGGCUGCCCCAGUUUAGUCAAGGUGAAGCUGAAGAGAUGCCGUGGAGUGUCCUAUGAGUGCGUCGAGAGUCUGAAGGUUACCAGGGGGGAAUCAUUUUCGAUCAGCUUGGAUAUUGUGUUGGAGCCUGAUGCUGGGAGUGCUAGUGAAAAUGGUGUCCACGAGACAGUGCUGGCGGUUUGAUGAAUCUUGUGCCAUGAUUCCCAUAAAUACUAUCGACAAUUCUCUUCGGUUGCCCGGUUUCACGGUAUGCCAAUGGAACAAUGUAUGCAAACAAAAUCCAUAGUGCAUACAUUAAAGCCAAUUGCUGCAUUUUGAUGUUACUCUUGGAUAAUGAUGUUCUAGUUUUUUUUAAGAUGUUCUUAUUGCUGCCUGUAAAUUUAACUAGCUGGUGUGGUUGCUGUGAAGAUAAUGAAUGGCAUCAUGAUAAAUAAUUAGCACUGCACAUUUUUUGUUCA